CUCCCACCACUUCGCGGGGCUACGAGCCCAGGCUCGCAGGAGGCAGGUGACGGGCGACAGGCGAGAGGCGACUAAAGGCAGGCGGCAGGUACGCGAUCACAGCCAAAGUCAUAACCAUGGCCGGCCCAACUCCCACCAACACGAUCUCUGGUGCCGACAGUCACGCCACGCCCAUGAGCGCUAUUACUUCUAGCCAUAUCUCCUCUUCUCGAUACCAAACACGACCCCAAGCCCAAACACCGGCACAAACGACAACAGCCUUCAUCUUCCACGUCUCAACCCUCGUCUACCGUCCCAGGAGCGCUGGCAGCCCGCCUCAUGUUGGUACCAAUCGUGCCAACAGCAACAGCGACGCAAUUUGGUCCCCCAUCUCCUCUGUCUGCGAUAGCAACUCGUCAUCCAUCUCCGGGUACACUAGCUAUGACUCCCAUUCCAGCUCCACCUGGAACCAGAAUAUCAACAUCAACAUCAACAUCAACCCGACAAAUUCACAGCCACAGUCACGGCACCACCAUCACCACCACCCCGACCCCCUCCGCCAGCAUCAAGUCAAGCUGCUGCGUCCCCUCCUUCCGCGGCCGUCGGCAGGCGAGACUGUAGCGGGGCUACAGGCGGUGGGUAUACCGUUUGUUAUUGUAUGGGAACCUACUGAGCCGUCGGAAUCUGGAGCGGCUUUGGGGCAUGGACUUAAGUGUGGAUAUGAAGACGACGACAGACUCGACGACGAGUUCACCUCAGAGGAAGAGGUGGCGAAUACCAUUACCAAGGUACUGGGACUGGAAGUGCCGAUUGGUAGCGAGAGGGUGGUGGGUAGGUGGACGCUUUUGAGAAGUGUUGCUGCUGUACAGGGUCGACAAUCUCAGAAAGGUGGAAAGGAUGGGAAAGAUGGGAAAGAGGUGGCGGGGACCUUGGUGAUUGGGGAUGAUGAGGAGAAAAACAGGGAGAUGGCGAGGAUGUUGGGGUUUCAGGCGGAGAGUGUGGUGAAUUCGGAGGAGGUGGAGAUGAUGUGGAAGAAAAAGAAGGAGGUGGCUGGGGAGGAGAAGGGGAAUGUGGAGGGACGAGGGGAGAAGAUGGUGGAGAAGAGGGAGGACCGGAAGGAGGAGCAGAAGAGCCACGAGCUAAACCCACAGCAGAAUCAGUCCCAGCGACAACACCUGAAGCCAUCGAAGCCGACUUUGACCUUGAGGAGCAGGUUAAGCUGCCCAUUUGAUGACAUGAAGAUCGUGGAGGGACUUUGCUCUUCCCCGGAGGAUAAGGUCGACGAGGAAACUACAAACGAUAACCGCGAUGGGUCAGAGAAGCAAGGCGGGCUCGUGGAGGAGAAAGGCGAAGCAAAUGAAGGUCGUCCUACAGAGUCUCCGACGCCCACAACUCCUUUGAAUCCCGAUACUGUCCAAGGCCUGUAUAUCCCGGUCAAGCAUGGAGAGCGGACCGUGGCAUAUGUUCCUGUCAGCCCUACCAGCACCACAUGUUCAGAGAAAGGUCUCGAGUCUCCGGUCACUCGCAUUACUUCCGUUAUUUUCUUCUCGCCGCCGUCCUUAAGGACCUGGGACCGCGAUGUUCGCGUUGUCAGCAAGUUGUGUCAAUCUCAGGGUGGUGGAGAAGAUGCACCCAAGCUUUACAUCGUUCAGGAGCCGGGAGAGUUUGGACAUAGUAGCCCGUCUCUGGCAUCUGCCUAUUCCUCGUCCACAUCAUCCUCGACAUCAUCAAACAUCCCUUCUCCGACAUUUUCCACAGCCCCUUCAGAGGCCAGUCUUGAGACCCUGGCUUCCACUGCCUCUACCGUCUUUUCUCGAGCUUCCACGACCUCGACAGCAGAGUCCGCGCCGUCUAAGCGACAAUUCAGAUUGACCAUGCCUCACAGCGCGUCGGACUGGAUCCGCGAGGUUACCACUCAAUGGCGAGCCACCAGCCCCAACCUUCCCGACAAGGCCAAACUUUCUUAUUACCUCAUCGACCCCCUGACCUGCGCCCUCCAAGUUCUCGAAAUCGGCCGUCAACGAGCACAGUCAACCAUCUGGGCGAGGGCCAAUCUCCCCGUGCACUUGCGCCAGGUACUCCGUCUGGAGACGCUUUAUAUCGUUGACUCGGGUGAGCACCCGUCGCGUUUCUUCAAUGACUUGAGCAGUGCCAGCGGUAACAAAGACAAACAUUCCGCUUCCUCGGACCCUGAUCCUGAUAUGUCAUUUCAGCGGUAUUUGGCAUCUCUCGGCGUGGAUGCGAUUCCUGCGAAGCGGUGCAGAAGGAUUGGGAUGAGCAAUGUUCAUGCCUUGGAGAAGAGGGUGCAGAAGUUGGGGUAUGUGUGUCGCCCAAUCUGUGACUCUUUCAACAGACUUGAGCCUCUGCGGGACGAGGAUGAGGACCAGGACCAGAAGACAAAGAAAAUCCAUGAGAACAAAGACAGCGGGGAUGCAAGCGCCCGCCAACCCACUGCCCAGGCGCACCAAAGACGCACAUCUUGGUUCCGCCAACUAAUCACGAGAGGCCAACCCCGAUCCAAGUCUCGCAAUCCCGGUGCCAGUGACCAGAGUCAGAUUCAACGCCCCUCUACCUCUACCUCUACCAACAAGACUCGCAACAAGUAUACCAACCACAGCAACAACAGCACCACAAACCUGACCAUCAACUCAACCAACAUCCCCACUUUCCCUCCCUCCAGCGGCAUCCCCCGAAGCAUGACCACCCCCAACUACCCCAACUACCCCAACACCACAUACGCUCCCAACACCAACCUCAGCACUGAAACAACAGCAACAGCCAAGUUUUACUCUCCCAGUGCCUUGGACAUGGUUUCGCACAGUCCCACACAAAAGGCGAGAGACAUGAAUGCUAUCACGGCCUUCUGCCAUAGUAACAAUAUUGAGACGGCGGUUCAAUACGCUAUCAAUCGCGAGUACUGGGAGUGUGUGGAUAAGGGGUUGAGUCCUGUUUGGCCGACUAGUGGUGGUGGUGGUGGUGGUGAUGGUGGGAAUAGGACUGGUCGGAUCUGAUCUAAUUUGAUCUGGUAGUAAAGUAGGUACCGUUGUACCACUACAGCAACAUGUGGUGGUUCAAAGGGUUCAGCCCAGUCUUGACGUUGGAGGUUGCAGUUUGCCGGGAACCAAAGAAGUGGUCCGAAGCAAAGAUAUAGAGUUUGUGAGACUCGAAAGAAAAAAACAUAGCUGGGACUUGGUAGUUGACCGUAGGGGCCGUACUGGUGCGUGGAACGUGGAGCUAGAGAAAUGAUAAGAAAUGGUUCCCUAUAUUUGACGAGUCUCUUUUGCCAAUUACGAGGGGAUUUUUGAAACCGCCAGAUGCGGCAUCGAGGGUUGACUACCUGAGUGUACAUCUGAUGUAGUUGUAUGUAUAUGAGCGCGAUGAAUCUAUGCUGGUAACAC